AGUUUUACGAAUUGGAUCGACAGAGCAUCAGAGUUCGUAAAAAUGGAGUCAAUCAAAUUAUUGGUCUUUUUGUCUUGUUUCGUUGCAGCUUCUGUGACAGCCAUCGAGUCAAAUAGUCCACCUGUUUGGAGUGAAACUUACGUGGUGAAGGGUGUUCUUCACAUCCCCUACGCUGAAAUCGACGAACCUUUCUAUGCUUGGUACGAUGGCCCGGCCCAAAGAUCUCGUAUCGACUAUUACGGCGAUAUGGUCAAAACCUACCAACUCAGCAAACCUUACGGCUACGGUACCAGUCUCAAAAUUGCCCCCGUUACUACCGAAGAGGACCAAAACUUGAAAACUUGUCUCCAGGUGAACGGGACUGCAGACGACACAAUCAAGCCCCAAUCGAUCCUGCCAUCAUUGGAGGGUUUCGCCUGUUUGGGCCAAGAGACGAUCGAUGGUAUCGAAACCGAGAAAUGGAAUUUGACUGAAGUGAUUGGCCAAAAAGUAAACAGAUACGUGAUGUGGGUGGUGUACAAGCCUGAUCCGAACAACAAUGCUGCUAAGAUUCCUGUACCCUUAAGAUAUGAAAUGAGAGGUUACAAUACUCUGUUGGGAAGCCACUACGAUCACUACUAUUUGGAAUAUGAUUCUUAUGCGGUCGAUGAUAUUCCCGAAAAUAUAUUUGAAGUUGAUUCAAGUUUGACGUGCCAUUCAUUCCCAGGACCAGGUGACAAACACAUCUACACUUUCAAUCCAAUGGCUGAAUUCGUUAGACCAGAGAGGACUACCCACGUCGACGUCGAAUUCAACAAAUUCAUUCAGAAACACGGAAAGCAAUAUGGAAAUAGCAAAGAACACACUCUCCGUAAAUCCAUUUUCAUGCAAAAUAUAAGGUUCAUUCACGCUCACAACAGGAAAAAUAGAGGUUAUACUUUGACUGUCAACCACCUUGCUGACAAGACCGACACUGAAUUGAAAGCUCUCCGUGGAAAACAGUACAGUGGAGUAUACAAUGGUGGAAAACCUUUCCCUUAUGAAAAUAUAGACCCGGCGACCAUGCCCGAACAGUUCGAUUGGCGAUUAUAUGGUGCAGUCACCCCAGUAAAAGAUCAGUCAGUAUGUGGUUCAUGUUGGUCAUUUGGAUCAGUAGGCUCAAUUGAAGGUGCUUUAUUUUUGAAAAAUGGUGGAAAUCUAGUACGUUUGUCAGAGCAGGCGCUAAUGGACUGCACAUGGGGUUAUGGAAACAAUGGUUGUGAUGGUGGUGAAGACUUCAGGGUAUACCAGUGGAUGAUGAAACAUGGAGGUAUCCCAACCGAGGCAGAUUAUGGUCCAUAUUUGGGUCAAGAUGGAUACUGUCACGCAGAAAAGGUCCCAAAAGUAGCUGCAAUUACCGGUUGGGUAAAUGUAACCACCAAUGACAAAAAUGCUUUGAGAAUGGCUUUGCUUAAACAUGGACCUAUCAGUGUGGCCAUCGAUGCCAGCCAGAGGACAUUGAGUUUCUACUCCAAUGGCGUUUAUUACGAACCCAAAUGUGGAAACAAAGAAACAGAUUUAGAUCAUGCAGUUCUAGCUGUGGGAUAUGGAACAAUGAAUGGCCAAGACUAUUGGCUGGUUAAGAACAGUUGGUCAAACUACUGGGGUAAUGACGGAUACAUUUUGAUGUCUGCCAAGGAUAACAACUGUGGAGUUAUGACAACUCCUACUUAUGUAACCAUGUGAACUUCAAUACCCCCAAUAUUCUAGGAUUAUCAGUGACUCAUAAGAAUUGUGAUUUCAACAUUAGACUAUUUUGUAUUCAUUGAUUUCUUCAUGAAAUAUACAUAGAAUGUACUUCCUGGUG